AUGGAAGAGAAUACUCUAUGGCCAGUGGUUGAGAAAAUAUUCAUCAUUCCCAGGACGAUUAGACUUCUUGGAGCUUACAUUUUAGUUUUGUUUAUUGGAUCAAUCGUAUUCGUAAAACUUGAACAGCCAGCAGAACAAAACAGAUGCUCUCUAGCUCAAGAACAACUUGGUGAAAAAGUUGCGGCCUUUGGAGACUCGUAUUUCUACAAGUUAUCUCUCAAUAAAAAAAUGUGCAAGGGAAUUCGGAAAAUGAAGGAGCAGGGAGGCCUUGGCAGUCAGUUUGCAAAGAGCUCAUCGUUGUUUUACAGCUGGGAGUCAGAAAACUGUUCAAAGGAAUCAUACGAAUUGAUUGUCAAUCAGUUGAUGAGCAAUCCAGAGCUAGAAGAAAACUUCUUCCAGUUGGUCGAAAAGUACAUUGGGAUUCGCCGUUUGAUAAUUUAUCUGCUGACCCAAAUAACAGAACGUUUCAACGAAGAAACGUUAGAGAUAUCUGGAGCGACCUUUCGUGCGCUAAUGGAGGAAUCUGCUUCAGUUGCUAUAGAUAACUAUGUGACUGCAAAGAAUCACUGUCAAAACCAAUGGAAUCUUCAUUCGUCUUUCUUCUUUGCUGGCACCGUGGCGACGACCAUCGGAUAUGGUCACAUGGUCCCUCAGACAGCAGAAGGACGAAGUUUCCUUAUGAUAUUCAUGCUUUUUGGAAUCCCUUUUUUCGCGAUGCUAACUCAGUCCAUCAGUUCCGAAAUCAACAUUCACGUGUUGCAACGCAAAAAGGGUAUCAUUUCACCGUCUUGCGACUAUAUCUUUGGUGGAAUCGUUUUUAUUAUACUCGUGCCAGUGUAUAUUUUCUCUCGGAUAGAAGAAUGGACAUUAUUCGAAGCGCUAUACUUUUCACUCGUUACUUUAUCAACAAUCGGCUUUGGGGAUAUUGUUCCUAGGGAAGAUCCACCAUCAAGCUAUGCAAUUUAUAAGAAGAAUGAAACAAGAUGUCUCAACCACUUGGUGAAUCCUAUGCCUGCACAGCACUCGUAUUUAAACAACCCAUGCGAUGAGACUGUAUUCGCUGAAAAUGCAGAAUUGUAUUUUGACAUUUACAGGGUCUGCAUCUUCUUUUGGAUUAUAUGUGGUCUUGUGUGGCUCGGCGGAAUAAUCAAGUUGAUAUGUAAUAAACUUGCGGAAGAUGUUAGCUCUAGGUCGACGAAAACAGAAUUCACAGUUGCUAAUAAUUCUAUAAGGAAUAAAAUCUGCACAGAAAUAUGA